AUGCCCAUAUAUUCAUUCUACUUGAUCUCAAAGUCCGGAUCUCUCCUUUAUCAGAAAGACUUUCAUACUCAAAAUUCACCAAUAUCGAAACAGAAUUCAAAUGACUAUCUUGUUAUAGCAAGCACUCUUCAUGGUGUUCAUGCUAUAGCGUCAAAAUUAACACCUGAGGAGGCAAUGGGAAACUAUGAGAAGUCAAGACUUCCUACAAAUUCUAAUCGGUUUGGUCUUCAGUGUAUUACGACUGCUAAAUUUAAAAUUUUUAUUCAUCAGACAACAACUGGGUUGAAAUUGAUAUUAUUUACCUCAAAUGACGUGUCGCUAAUUCAGGCUACACAAUUGCAGGGGCAAUUAUACAAGAGCUACGCCGAUUAUGUUUUGAAAAAUCCAUUUUACCGUUUGGAUAUGCCUAUAAGAUUUCGAUUAUUUGAUGACAAGGUAUUAACAGUCGUUACUGGAUACAAUGCCUAA